AUGCAAAAGUACGAAAAAUUAGACAAAAUUGGAGAAGGUAAGGGUGAUCUAUAUAUCAGUAUGCAAAUAAAUUCUGUAACAAAAUCAUUUUCAACAGGAACUUACGGCACGGUGUUUAAAGCUAAAAAUCGAGAAACUCUCGAGAUUGUUGCUUUGAAACGUGUAAGACUUGAUGAUGAUGAUGAGGUAUAAUACUUUUUGGUGAAGUUUUGUUCGUUUUUAAACUGAAUAUAUUUCCAGGGUGUUCCUUCGUCAGCUUUACGUGAAAUCUGUUUGUUAAAAGAAUUGAAACACAGGAACAUUGUACGUUUGUAUGAUGUACUUCAUAGUGAUAAAAAAUUGGUGCUUGUAUUUGAACAUUGUGAUCAAGACUUGAAAAAAUAUUUUGACAGUUUGAAUGGAGAUAUUGACCCAAACGUUGUGAAAUCAUUCAUGUACCUAUUACUAUAGUAUUAUAUUACUAGUUAUUCAGGAUGCUAAUAUAAAUAUUUAAAUAUAUAAUUAUUUUAGGUACCAGUUAUUACGAGGAUUAGCAUUUUGCCACAGUCACAAUGUCUUGCAUCGGGACCUUAAACCACAGAAUCUUCUCAUAAAUAAGGUUAUCAAAUUUUUAUUUUGUAUACAGUAUUUCAAAAUAAUUAUUAAUAGAAUUAUAUAUAUAUAUAAUAUUGUACUAAACCAAAUCAUAUAUUUAGAACGGAGAAUUAAAACUAGCCGAUUUUGGUCUGGCUAGGGCAUUUGGAAUACCAGUUAAAUGCUAUUCAGCAGAAGUAGUCACAUUGUGGUAUAGACCUCCUGAUGUUUUAUUUGGUGCUAAACUUUACACUACAUCUAUUGACAUGUGGUCUGCUGGAUGUAUAUUUGCUGGUAUGUUUCAUAUGUUACUGGUUUUAAAAUUAUAAUUACCUAAUUAAUAUAAUUAUAUAAUAAUAAUAUAAUAAAUUAAUGGAUUGUAAUUAGAAUUAGCCAAUGCUGGAAGACCACUAUUUCCUGGUUCAGAUGUGGACGAUCAAUUAAAACGAAUUUUUAAACUUUUGGGAACACCCACCGACGAGACAUGGCCAAAUAUGACAACUCUGCCAGACUAUAAACCAAUGCCAAUGUACCAACCCAACAUGACAUUAGUACAGGUUGGUUUAUUUUUCUAAAAUAAUAAGAAUAAUCGAACCUACACUAGUAGUUUUAUAACUUUAACAAUAUAUAUAAUUUUAGGUAGUACCUAAAUCAACAACAAAAAUGCGAGAUUUAUUACAAAGAUUACUGGUAUGCAAUCCAUCACAUAGAAUAUCAGCAGAACAAGCGAUGAGCCAUAUUUACUUUACAGAUAUAAAUUUGUUACCUAAAUAA